AUGACGUCUGUACAAGAGAUUCAAGAUGGUGUACAGAAAGCCUUGCAAGCUAAUAAGGACCAUAACUAUGCCUUAAAAGUCUAUAGCGAAAGGUUGGAGGCCGAAAUCGAGACUCUGGAUAAACUACUAGCUGCAGCAGAUGUCUCUGACAAUGAAGAUGAACUUGAGCUAGAUGCUGGUGGGAUUGUCAUGAUACCUGGAUCAGUCAAGACGCUCGACCUAAUUCCCUCGAGCGACCUGAUUGCAGAGGGCUCCCCUUUUCAUGAAGAGGCAUCUAGACGUGAACGAUACCUAGAGUUGACCGCAAUUCAUCAAUGGAAGAACUCUGAACUCGACGCAAUAGCCGAUGCCGUUCGGUCAGAAAAUUAUCGUAUACAUGCCUUGGAGGCGCAGACAAGAGGUCAGCAAGCCUUCUCACGUCCAGGUGACGUCCCCGCAGGGUUUCUUGAACAUAACAUGAGAGGCAUAGAUUGGGAGAGGGUAGCGAGUAAGGUUUCUGCAGCCGGUUCACCCAUCGUACAAAGGUCGGCCAAAGAAUGUGAGAUACGUUGGUUAGGCGACCGCCAUCCUCGGUUUAAUCAUUCUCCGUGGGCGCAAUCAGAGAUCGUGAGAGUAAGAGAAUUGGUUGCCGGCGCAAUCGAAGGCCAGGUAGAUUGGACUGACAUCGCGGCGAAGUUGGGUACAAGGAGGACACCAAUCGACUGCAUGCGUCACGCUGUGAUCAGGAGAACUCAUGUAUGGACACCCGAAAGCGACGAACGACUUCUUCAUGCUAUUCAUAUGUACGGUGUUGAUAACUGGAACCUAGUUGCACGAUACGUAUCUGAGGAUGCAACGCCCCCGCAGUGUCAGAGUCGCUACACGCGUAGCCUGGACCCGGACAUCAAGCGAGGACCAUGGACAGAAGAGGAAGAUGCUAUGUUACAACGCUGUAUCACCGUUUUCGGCCACUCCUGGAUAGACGUCGCCUCUUUCAUUCCCGGUCGCAGUAACGAGCAAUGUCGUGAGCGAUAUCAAGAGAGCGUUGGUCCAACUGGCGGUAAAGGGAAAUGGACGCCGGAGGAGGAUGAAGCGCUAUUACGAGCGGCGGAGCAGGUCAAGGAUCUCAGCUGGAAGGCAAUAAGCAGGCUUCUUGCCAAUGGGCGCACGGAUAACAUGUGUCGGUCCCGAUAUGCUAUACUGAUGAAGCGGAAACAAUGCGAUGGGACAACAACCCCGAAGACUGCGGAGGCGUCUGCUUCUGCCACACGUUCGGAAUCCCGAGCAUCAAGUGUCUUUACAGAGAGGUCGCUAUCAGUUCAAACUCCCCGCUCAUUCCAGCACGUCGAAGUGACUCCAUCAAGUGAAAUUUUCCCUCCGAGCACCGCCUCAGAGACCAAUGUCCCAAGGCCAAGGCCAAGGCCGCAACCACGAUAUCGUCAGGAUGGAGUUGCUGAUAGUACCUCUGUAGACGCCAAUCUCGUAACACCGGCUGAGGUGCCUGCUGCAUCGCCAACCGUUUUACAAGCUGAUGGUCAGCCAGCUAUGGAUAUGAAGCCGAGCGAACAAAGGUCCGCAGACGGGUCGGCAACGGCAACCGUGUUGAAGAGCCGUGCCAGUAAAACAACGAAAAGACAACUUCUUGACGAGAUUGCUGACAGAUCUACGCGGAAGAGACGAAAGAAGUCAGUGAAGGAUGCAGAAGUGGUCACGACCAACUCGCAAACUUCUGUGCGUGUGCCUUUCACUGGUCUCCUUUAG